UUUUGUUUUGUUGUUUUGUCCAACUUUGGAACAGGAUCACAUCGCAGAUUCAGUUUACAAAGAGACUCGGAGAGGAAAACAGCUUUAAAAUAAAAAUCAUAAAAAACAGUUUUAAUUAAACUAGUUCGAUAUGAGUAAGCAGGGCGACGAACGUCUCGACUUCCGUUCGAGUUACGAUGACACGGAAAAGAGCAAGUUUAUCUCAAAGGCGAAAGAAAAUCCCUUUGUUCCUGCCGGUAUCGGUGGUGCUUUGUUCGCUUUGGCAUAUGCUGCAUUCAAAUUCAAGAACCGUGGAGAUCAGAAAGUUUCCGUGUUUUUGAUUCAUACCCGAGUUGCUGCCCAGGGUGCUGUGGUGGGGGCAUUGACGGUGGGAUGUAUUUACCAAAUUUUCCAAGAAUUUAUUUGGAACAAGAAGAAGUAGAGGGGAGACGAAUACGAUUAAGUAAAAAAAAGAAAUACACAAAUUGAGAGAUCUUGUCCCAUGAAACCUCCAACCAAAUGUGGUAAAUUUAGUGAAAAAGUAAUGUAUUAAAAUUAGUCAAGUGUUUUUUUUUCAAUAGAAAUUGUAUCGUGUAGAUAUAUGUUUAUUUUGUAAGAGUGACGCUUUUGUUAGACUUAAACCCGUUGUUGAAUUAUUAUGCCGGUCAAAAAAUGUCAUCAAAAUUAAAAAUUCAAAUUUCAAAAUUAAUAAAAACUUUAUAAAAUA